AUGGGAUCUACAGGACUAUGUUUCUACGGACACUGUGCUGUCGUGGUCCUUCUUCAAAUGACCACAACAAGCUCAGAGAGAUUCACAGUGACUGGGUUGACUAAGCCAGUCUUGGCUACAGUGGGUGGAAACCUUGAACUCAGUUGUCAGUUGUCCCCACCACAAGAUGCACAGCACAUGGAGAUUCGCUGGUUCAGGAACCGCUAUACACAGCCUGUGCACCUGUACAGGGAUGGUAAAGAACUGCAUGGAGAAAUCAUCCCCAAGUAUGUGGAGAGGACUGAACUGCUGAAAGAUGACAUUGGAGAAGGGAAAGUGACCCUCAAAAUCUUCAGCGUGACUGUUGAUGAUGAUGGACCAUACCACUGUGUCUUCAAAGAUGGAGAAUUCUAUGAAGAGCACAUCACAGAGGUCAAGGUCACAGCCAUAAACUUAUGGGUAGAAAUUCAUGUGCAUCCUCCUACUACCAAAGGUGUGAUAGUGGAGUGUCACUCCAGAGGUUGGUUCCCACAGCCUCUUAUGGAAUGGAGAGAUAACAGAGGAGAAGUCAUUCCAGCUGAAUCAAAAUCUCAUUCACAGGAUGGAAACAAAUUGUUCAACAUGACAAUUUCCCUUCUUCUUAGAGAGAGCUCUCUCCAGAAAGUCAUGUGCUGCCUUCAGAACCCUCUGACAGGCCAAGAAGGAAGAACAAGGGUUGUCCUAUCAGAUGCAUUUUUUUCAUGGGAUAGGAUUUGGAAAAUGAUUCUGAGUAUAAUAUUAUCUGUAAUGGUGAUCUCCAUCAUUGUUUCCAGUAUUCAGCAAUAUUACGGAAAUAAACGUAAGUGGGGUAAAAGAACAAAAGAUGCAAAGUGGGAAAGUGGCAUAUCGAUAAUGAUAUUCUCAGUGUUGGUUGUCAUAGGAGUCCUGAUGUGGUUGCAUAUGAAAGAAAGAGUUCCUGUUGCAGAUCCACAUUUUGAAUUGGAUACUUUAUGGUUGGAAGAUAUAAGCGUCAUCCUUUGUGCACUGAUGGUUUCUGCCACCAUGUUCAUUUCCUAUGUAUACUUCAGAUUAAAAGGUAGCCGAACUCCCUGUACCCUUACCCUGAAAGUUCGACCUUCUUCCUAUGUUGCAUGGUUGACUAUUAUGAUUCUAUAA